AUGAGUUGCCAAGUGGCGGACAGUCCCGAGAAACUCGCAGGCAUGAUCUUCCCAGCAUUCAUUGCUGAACUUGACAUGGGCAGCGAUAACAAGACGAAAUUAAUUGAGAACAGCGAUCCGGAGCUGCAGACUCUUGCAGCUGAUGAGUUUGAGAUCAUCCGCGUGCUUGGAGUUGGCACAUACGGCGUGGUGAAGCUAGCGAAGCACAUACCCACUGGCACCAGUGUGGCACUCAAGGUGUUGUCCAAAGAGCACGUGGUUACUACACGACAGGAGAAACACAUCUUGAGAGAGCGUGCAGUGCACUUGCAGCUGCAACAUCCGCUAGUCGCGAAAUUGUACGGCACUUUCCAGGACGACGACUGUCUGUACUUGGUGCUCGAGUAUCUUCCAGGAGGAGAACUUUGGAGUCUUGUCUACUCGAACACUGAAGAGAAAGACGACGAUGAAGACGCUGCUAAGACGCCACAAUUGCAGAUGCAAACGUCGCUUAAGGAAGACGACGAGAUCAGGCCGGCAACUCCAGUCCGUGCAUUAAAGUCGAGCUCGUUCGAGUCUUUAAACCCUAUUUGUUCGCAAACGCUGGAGGCUGAAGGUCUUGCCAUUCUACGCAGCCAAUUCGGAGGAUUAAAGGAAGAGUAUGCCGUGUUCUACCUUGGAUGCAUCUUGAGUGCACUCGAGUACUUGCACGAUCAGAAUUUGCUGUACCGUGACCUUAAGUUGGAGAACUUGGUACUAGAUGAAGAAGGUUAUCUCAAGAUUCUCGACUUUGGCUUCGCUAAGCAGGACGCACAACGAGCGGAAGACACGGAUGACAGCAGCGAACAGACUCAGAAUGCACGGAACCUCACACUGUGUGGGAGUAUGGACUACAUGGCUCCAGAGGUGCUUCUACGUCAAUCCCACGACCAGCGUGUGGAUAUCUGGUCGUUCGGUAUCAUUAUGUACGAACUACUACUCGGCAAAACGCCGUUCUACCAUGAAAACCCUCGCAAACUGGGUCGUCGAAUCACCCACGAUGAUGUGGAGUUUCCGAACGAGUUCGAAGAUAAACACCCACUAGCUUGCGACCUCAUCAACCAGCUCUUGGUAAAGAACCCAGAUGAACGACUCGCUUCUAUGGACAAGAUCAAACAGCACAGAUUUUUCUCACGGAUGUUUACGUGUCCUGAAGACUGGCAACUCUUGCUCCGCCGCGAAUGCGAGGCGCCAUUCGUCCCCAAAAUCGAUGGACCAUUGGACACUUCUUUCUUCCAGACUAUCGAUGAUGACUAUCGGGAGGAACUGGAAGCUGAUGUAGAGCCCUACUUUGAGGACGGCUCUAACAUUUUUAGCGAUUUCUAA